UUGAAUCACACUCUGGAUGGUGGUCCUCCUGCCAAACGUAGUUGUAUCAAGGAGAUCCCCGACAUCGAGAUGGCCACCAGCCAACAGAACAAUCUUGAUCUCCUGUUUGGAGAUAGCGAGUUCACUCAGGCUGAACCAGUCAAUUGGGAUGAGGUCGUCAACUUCAACACCCUUGUGGAGGAGAUGGAUGCUCCUUCCACCAAAAGGCAAAGCGCAUAAUCACCGCCGCCCCGGGUUCUGUACUUAAUUUGUUGAUGAUUUGUUUGCAUAAUUUUU